AUGACCUCCAACACCAGAACCGAGUACAAUAAGUACCUCCUUACAACCGACAACUAUGCGUUGUGGAAGCUCCCUAUGGCCGCCAAACUUGAGGAUAUUGGAGCGUAUGAUUUCAUCGCCGGGUUCGUCAAGAUUACUGAGAAGACCUCUGCUGACGAAAUCACCCGGUUGACUAGCGUUAAUCAAAAGGGUUAUUCAAGGAUUAUUCAGAAUCUUGAUCCCACCAAUCUGGCCCUCCAAACCUCCGCCGUCGCGAUGACUACCCGUUCCAACCUGGACGAGUCUGCAGGAGUGGCCAAGGUCGGGCUCGGAUGGCUUGUCGGCAAGGAAAGGAGCGGAUUCGUUGGCAAGGACCACACGAGAGCUGGAACCUGUGACCAAACUAUUCGACCUUAUCGUUCUUCUGGAUCAAGUGUUCCAGCCCAGGAACGCUCUGCGAUUGGUCGGCCGCUGAAAUACAAGCCGAGCUCAACCCCGCAGUCAUGGUCAGAUUAG